GCUUGAGCGUGUUGUACGGUGCGGCAAAAAUUAAGCGGGCCAACGCUAUAGCAAACAUCAGUGGCGGUGCUAACGGUAGAGGUGCCAAUAAGCGGGUUCGUUGCUUGUGCAGUUGUUUGGCAACAGUAGUUGAAUGCAGUUGAUGGUGGCCGUUGUGGCAUUGGAUAUCAUUUUUGUAAAUUUCGAAGAACGAAAUGCUCAAGUUCUAAAGUACGAUUUGUGACGUUGAAGCGAAUUCUAAUUAACGAAAGAAACGAGUUUUUGUAUACCUAAUUAGCAAAAAUAUCAUAUUUGACACUUUUUUCAACCGAAUUCGCAGUUAAAAGGCAAAAAAAGAUUGCAGUGUUGGCUUUGGUCUCUGAUAAAAGCGGAAGUUUGUAACACAAGUAACGGAAAGCAAUAAAAUUGCAAGGUUUAUGAAAGCCAUAAACGAAGUUACAUAAAGCGUGAAUUAAUAAUAUGGGCGCGUGUAAAGAAGCACAUAAAAUCUAAAAUACUGAAAUUUGUUAAUAAAUUAAAACGCCAUUUAAAAAACACAAGCAGGUUUUUGUAAACUGCUACCUACUAGAAAUGACUAAAAGCAACUGAAAUAGAAUCUAAAAAAGUCUACAAAGUAUCCAGUAGCUGAAAAUUGCCGAAAUGUCGCGAAACUUACACAUAACUUCAAUAUAAUUGAAGUCCGUUCAAUUUCAGUACAAACAGAAACGUCUACAAAGUCUGCACAAGUCACAAACUACCAAAAACUAUACGUAAACUCUUUCAAAGCGGAAACAAGGCUUUAGAGAAAAGUCUCCAAGAGUGAAAUAUACAAAAACCUAAAGUUGUGAAGCAAAUAAACAAUAAACGAGAAUAUAGGAAUCAAAUCCAUAGCAUCUAAAUACAACCAGAUACUGCGAACUUCUACAACAGAGACCACUCAAGGUUGCCAAGGUUCGAAGUCAUCUCUGCACCCAAAAUGUCCGCUAUGAUAAUGCUGCGUCGCGUCAUCGACCUCCUCCUCUUUUUCGUACUAAUUGGCGUUGAGAUCGCGCUGCGCCAAUGGAUGCCACCACAGAAGCGCGGCUUCUUUUGCGGCGAUGAGUCGUUGCAGUACCCCUUCACCAGCACGCAGACUUUUGGUUUUGGCGCGCUAUGCAUUGUCGCCCUUGGCAUCCCUUUCUUCGUCAUCCUCAUCGUCGAACUCUUUCGACAGCUAUCGCAUAGCCGUGGCAAGCAGCAUGCGCACGUAGCGCACGAAUCCAACGACGAUUCUUGCCACUGCGGACGACGCUGGAAGAAUAUUUACGCACAACUCGGCUACUACUUGCUGGGCAUGCUAAUGACGCUAAUCGCCACCGAGAUACCAAAGCGCGCCAUUGGGCGCCUGCGCCCAUAUUUCUUUAGCAUUUGUAAGCCACGUCUGGUCGAUGGCACCAACUGUGACUUUGAACGCAACGAAGGCCAAUACUUCGCCGAGUACACUUGCGAAGGUGAUCUUAGCCAUAAAAUGAUGGCCGAAAUGGCAAUGUCCUUUCCCAGCGGACACUCCUCGCUCGCAUUCUACGCCAUGGUUUACAUCGCACUGUACCUGCAAGUGGCGCUCAGUACACGCGGCUCCAAGCUACUCAAGCAUUUCCUGCAAUUUGGCUUUGUUAUGUUGGCUUGGUUUGUGGCGCUGACACGCGUCAACGAUCACUGGCAUCACUGGUCCGAUGUGCUGGUGGGUAUACUGUUGGGCACGCUAUUUGCGUGGUUGGUGGCGCGUUACGUGGCCAAGUUGUUUGCGGGCCGUUGCUCGUCGUCCACAUCGGCCGCGGCGGCGAAAAUGUUGGCACAUGCCAGCGUAGCCUCUGCGUCGGCGCAAUCGGCGACGCCGGUAUUGCCUGCGUACACAUUUGGCAGUGUGCCGUAUCUGCAGCACCACGGACCAAAUCACGCCGCCUACGGUCAGACAUACCACAAUUACGGCUACGUGCCAUAAAGCGGGCAUGGCGGAUGGAGAGACGAAACAAAUGGGCACGAAUGGCAGCUGUAGUGCAAAAACAAAAAUAUGUACGAGUACGUCCCAAAUGCAGCUGAGUUGCAGUGAAAGCCAUUGCAAUUUUGUUAUUAUUUUAUUGUUUCUUAAUUGUUUGCUAAAAUUUAAGUUUGCAACGCACGCAUGUUUGGUAUUGGAAUUCGAAAAGAAAAGAGAAACGUUUCGUACAACAUACCUGUGUGUACGGUUAAGUGAUUUCGUUGAAGUCUUUCAAAUCAGAGUCGAAUUUUAAUUGUAACUUAUUUGUUAAAAAAAAAAUCCUUACCUUUUAGGGCUUUCAGAUACGCAAAUGUAUACAUACAUACAUAUAUAUGUACCAUGUUAUGACCUUUUAAUAUUUAAGGUGUUGAUUGGCUUAAGAGUUCAGUUAUUUCUUGUGAACACUAAAAACUAAAAAACAACAUUUUAUUCAUUCAAAAACAGUGACCAGAUAAAAAAAAAAUAACUUUUGAAGUUUCCAAAAAACUCUCCAAAUUCUAGUAAAGUAUAAUAUUUAUUUAUUUCCCAGUUUAGUUAGUACCUAAAAACUCAAAAUAAAGUUUUUCGUUUAAGAUUUGCAACUCUCCAAAAAGUCUCCACAGCUAAAAAUUGCUAAAUUCUUAUUUUUAUGUAUUAAAAUGGCAGCUAGAUCCCAAAACACAAGAGCACUCACAACUGCUAUAUUUUUAGUACCUACAUAUAUAUUUUGGAAAAUAGAGUUUACUUCUGGUCAGUGAAAAAUUUAGUUUCUAAUUAUGCUAAUGAUUUCUUUUUAUUCGAAUUUAUUUCUAAUAGUAAAUUGUUUGAGAUAAACACUUAAUUAUUAUAUACAUAUAAAUUUAUAUAUUUAUAUAAUUAUAAAUAUAUUUAUUGUGUACAUAAUAUAUUUUACUAUACGAAUACUUGUGAGAAAAAUGUAUAAAACGCAGAGCUAGCACUGUGUUUUGUAAGCGAAAUUCGUCUUUUCAUAUCGAAGAGCUUUAACACUUUUAUUAUAUCUAAAUAAAAAGUACAACUGUUCUUAUUUUAAAUUAU